UCAUCGCGGAGCAGGCGAGUUGUUGGUCGCCAUACCGAAUUUCAUAGCAUCAUUCUUCCGACUCUUUUAAGGCCAUUCCACCUUUGUAGCAGGCUACGAAAAGAUGCCAAACCACGUUAUAUUUCCCUGAGUCUCAAGUACGUAAUGCUGACAGCACCGAGACACAUCCUCUCAGCAUUUCACAUACCAACCCAAACCGCCGAUUCCCGUCCAUCAAGACCAGUUUACCAUCACAAUGCGGGACAGGAAAUCAUCACCCAUGGUGACAAGCAAGGAUCCUUCUCUCUUAGCGGCGUGUACGACCCCUGAGAAAAUUGCAGACCUUCGGAAUGAACGUCUGGUUCGUCCCAGUGGCGCAAGACCAUUGCCCACUCCACCCUGCCCUCCUCAAAGUGCGGACUCGGCCAAGGUCCACCAUUGGGGUGUUGAUGCUUCGCCGUCGCGUCGGUCUAUGAACGUUCACUCAGCAGGAAGCCACACGAGCCUUGAUGCACAUCCGACAAGCUGCAUUGAUACCCCAUGUACAGCGAAAGGACCAUCUGGUCGCAAUUACCGACUCUCAAUUAGCCAGAUUCCGACGAAGCCCUCUCGGAAUCUCCCUAACAGUAUUAACACCGACCGAGGACUCGGAUGGAUGGAGAAGACCAAAACCGAGUCUCUUGGAAUUGCCAUGGAAGAUAUGCAUCUCGGGGACACGGAAUACAACGAAACGCACCGAGAUGAAGAGGGAUUGAUAUAUAAAGCAGCCCUGGAUGAGGCCUCGGAGCUGGUAUGGCAGCAUCAACAUGGACGACCGCGCCAGCUUGAUGCUCCUUAUCGCUACAAGCCUGAUGUGGAGGGUAGAAGUGCUGACCAAUCACCAACCUCGUACAUGGCGAAGGACUCGCAGAAUCGUAGCAGCUCUUCGACACGCAGUACCAGUACUGUACCCCGAACAUCUUUGAAAAGCAGGCAAGUUGCACGGAAUGGCUUGUCAGGUGUCAAUGCACAGGCGAAUCAGUCGCCAGGGUCCGAGGUCAGAGGGAUUAAUUUCACGAGGAGUCCUUGCUCCCAGACUCGCACGUCGUCCCCUGGCAUUCGUGGUGAAAUAUGCCAGAAGAAGCGACAAAAUGGCGGAAUGAACGACUACCUGCAAUCAACCCGGGAAAACUCAAAUAGCAGCUCCGCUGAGGCAUAUAACCAUCAGCCCCUUUCCAAAGAUGACCGUGAGCCAUUCGUCGACAAACUUGCCAAUUCUCGUAUUUCGACAUUCUCCUCUGCAGACAAGUUCGAAAGUUCUUCUGGGCAUCACAAGCGCGCCUCCCGACGGUCUUCUACUCAAUCACAUAACCCACACUACGUCAUAAAUUCCCCCGACCUACACCCCCACCCUUCCAGCUUCGCAACGAAGACUGGACUCGAAAUCCGAAGCCAGGAUUUACGAGAUGCCACUUCCAUGAGACUGAGAGAUCGAAGUUCGAGGUUGCCAUGCCCCUCAGCCGUCAGUGAUCAUCCAGGACGGCCGAUUGUCAGUUUCGAUGUCCACUGGAAGGCACCAGACGAGACGACCGAUCACCAUCCAGUAGCAGCGACGAUAAAUGAAGCACGAUGGACGGGAAGACAAAAGCUGCCCAUACCUGCCACUUCUCCUGCGGUUGUCAUGGCAGGAGCGGUCACUGCUCGAUUCGGUGCAGUAGAUCCUCCGUCCAUUGUCGUGCAAGAUACACGAGGGGAAACCCAUCUUAACUCAACCCCGUCCCUCAUUGUCUGUCCUGCUGACGACAUCCACGCCCAUUCAAACUCUUCUUCGUUGCCACAGCCACUUUCUGCGUCACCGCCAGGCAAGAGGCAUACCGGGAGGUCUCACAGCCAUUGGUCACCUGCCCCAUCAACCGGUAAGGACUUAGCUACCACAUGCCACCAAUGCGGUCUCUGCAUGCAAGGCCGUUUUGUGUCAGUUGCUGGCAUGCCCCAACGGUUCCAUCCCCAUUGCUUUGUGUGUUUUACUUGUGGAACCAGCUUGGAGGCAUUGGAAGUUAGCCCAGAGCCCGAUUCCCAUCGCACUCAACGACUUGACAGAAUCCGACGCCGGGCACAGGGAGAGUCUCUAAAUGAAGUGCCUGGGCAAUCUAGGGACGAGGAUGGGGACGAGCGCCUUCGAUUUUACUGCCAUCUGGAUUGGCACGAGCUUUUUGCACCGAGGUGCAAACACUGCAAAACGCCUAUCCUGGGCGAGCACAUUGUUGCACUUGGGGCGCAUUGGCACUAUGGGCACUUCUUCUGCGCAGAAUGUGGCGACCCAUUCGAGCGAGGCAUGGCCCACAUUGAGAAGGACGGGUAUGCUUGGUGUGUCAAUUGCCAGACGAAGCGAACGGAAAGACAGGCGUCGAAGUGCAAAAAGUGUGGACUCGCAGUGGUGGGACAGUAUAUCAGAGCCCUCGGAGCUGAGUGGCAUGAGGCUUGCCUCCGAUGUGCUGUCUGCAAUGGUACAUUUGACGACGGGACUAUGUUCACGAGAGAGGAACAAGGACAUAUGAUGGUGCUCUGCACCGGAUGCCGAACAAGGGAGCUCAAAGCAUAGCAUUCGAUAUAUGAGAUCUCAUACGCCUACUGUCAGAAGGAGUAGGCGGCGUAUCGGGGCCGUACUUUUGGUUCCCCGCGUCGGUUCUUAGGGUACAUGUCACGUGUGUCACACAGGCCUUUUUGUAGUACUAUUUAAGGUAGAUAGACAUGUCGCACGUCAAAAUAGCAC